CUUGCUCUAUACAAAAUAGGUCGAGAAAAAGGAAGAUAUAUAAAGAGGCGUUCCUGGAUUUCCUGUCGCAGUUUCCUCCUGGUCUUCAGCCAAACAUGGUAUGGGAGGUAUUCAGAAUCGCACUAGCUUAUGGGCUAAUCGUGCCCUUAACUAAUGCCUCUCUCAGACAUGAUGGAGUAGGAGCAGGAGACAGAGGAAUAAGCUGCACAGGAGCUUACUGCGAAAGCCUUGCUUUCCAGGGAGGGGAGUCAAGUGGACCUUCCGGAACAGCAAUUUCUAAUGCUUUGGGUUUUGGAAAUGAAUCAAAGAGCAGGUACUCGAGCGGUUCGUCAGGAAAACCUACCAUCGUGGGUGGACCUGCAAUACUCAUUGGCAGCACCACUUCUUAUGGAGGAACGGACACUGGUAAAAACUCAGGAAUAUUUGCUGGUGGCUCAGGAGUAGGUUUUGGGGGUGAACAUUCCAGGGGAUCAUUUGGAGGAUUUGUCUCAGAUUCUGUCUUUAAAGGAUUUAGUGACAGAACAAAAGGUAGCUCAGGAGAUAGGCAUAGUGGAUCCAUAAGGGGAUUAAGCUCGGGUAGUACUUCCAAUGGAUUUACUGAUGGCACAUACACUAGUGGAUCUCCUAGGGGAUUUGGCACAGGCCAUAACUUUGCAGAACUCGCCAAUGGCUCAAGUGGUGAACUUGGUAGUGGAUCCAUCAGUGAAUUAUCUGGAGUCUUUAUAUCUGGUAGCAACUCAGACUUUAGGCACAGUUCAGGGGGUAGCUCUGGUAGUGGUCAUUUAAGUGGACCAUCUGGAGGAUUUAGAUCUAGCCAUGGCUCAGGUGGCAUAGGAGGUGAUGCUGGAAGUAAAUUUCCUACUGGUUCAUUUGAAGGAAUUGGCUCUGGUCAUAUCUUAAGUGGGAGAACAAGAGUUGGCUCUGGAAAUGUAUACUCUAGUGGACCUUCUACUGAUAUUAGAUCUAGUCACAGUUCAGGAGGAUUUAGUAAUAAUAUAGGAGGUAACUCUGGAGGUGGACAUUCCAGUAAAUCAUCUGUAGGACUCAGCUCUGGUAAGAGCUCUGGAGGACUUGGCAGGAGUGCAGGAUCAGCUGAAGGGUUUGGUUCUGGUCAUAGCUCAGGAAGGUUUAGUGGAAGUAAAGAAGGUGGCUCUGGAUCUUCUGGAGGACUUGGUCUUGGAGGAUUUAAUAAUGUCAUAGGAAGUGGCUCUGGAGGUGACUACUCUAAUGAAUCAUUGGGACAAUUUGGAUCUGGUGGUAGUCUAAAAGAUUUCAAUGGGAUUUCAAGAAGUAGACAUUCUAGUGGACCCUUUGUGAAAUCUGACUCCAGCAGCAGCUCAGUUAGGUUUGGUACGAGUCCACAAGAAGGGUACUCUGGCGGGUCAACAAUAGCAAUUGGUUCUAGUGGUGGCUCAAGAAGCUUUGGAGGUUUUGGUGGUGGUAGCGCAUUUAGAGUACCUGAAGGUGGUUCUAAUCAGGACUACUCAGCUGGAUCAUCUGGUAGUUUUAUAUCUAGUAGCAACACUGGGGGAUCUAAAAGUGGAUCUAGUAAGGGUCGUGUAAGUGGGUCAUCCACUGGUUCUGGGUUUGGAGGUGAUAAGGAGCUGGGGUCAGGAGGAGGUUCAAGAGGUUUUAGAGGAGGAUCCAGUGGAAUACAUUCAACUGAAUCAUCUGGUGGCUUUGGUUCUUUUAAAGGUGCUAGUGGCCCAGUUGGUGCAACACGUUCUGAGCAUGCUUCACUAGGAAGUUUCAACCUUGCUGGGGGCCUUGUUUUAGAAUCUGAAGAAAAUAAUCCAGGAGGGUCCUUUGGUCCCUUUAAUUCCGGGAAAGACUCAGGAGGAUUUCACAAUGGUUCAGGUGUUAGAUUUUCAGAUGGGCCAGAAACUGUCUAUUUUGGUGGCAAGUCUGGAGGGGUCAGAGAAGGGUCAAGAAGUGGGGGAUCAAGAGGAUUUGGUACAAAUAUUAACUCCGGGGGAUCUAAAGGUAAACUAAUAAGUGGACAUCCAAAUGAAUCAUCAGGAGAAUUUAGUUCACAUAGCACCUUUAGCAGGUUUGGAAAAGGAUCGGCUCGAGGAUUUCCACCUAGGGCUUCAAGAGGAUUUACAGGCAGAUCAGGUGAGUUACAUUCUACUGCAACACCUGUAACAUCAAGUUUAGGAAGCAGCUUACGAGGACCUGGCAGUGGAUCAAGCACAGGAUACUCAUCAGGAUCAAUUGGAAUAUUUGCUGUUGGGGGAAGCUCAGGAUUUGUUGGGGCAUCAGAUGAGCCCAAAAAUAUCAUAUCUAAAGGAAUUCCUGGAAGUGUUAAAGAAAGUUCUAAAAAGGGAUAAUCUUGGGAAUUUAGUUCUGUUCACUCCAAUAAAGAUAACAAAAGUGAGUUUGCAAACAGGGUUUCUAGAAGUUAUGCCCCUGGAAUUAGAACCUCAUCAAGUACUUCUGACGGGUCUGUGAAUGUUAUUUACUUCGUAGAGGUAAUUAACAAUAUGUAUUCUGUAAUCCAACUUUAUGAGAUUAUUAAGGCACGGUUGAAUUUAUAACAUUUACCAGUUUUCACGUUUAUAUUUGAUGAUAUUCAAAAGACUGUGAGUUUGUUGCUGAUUGUUAAGUUACUGUUUUUUACUAAAAAUGAAUGUUUAUUUUCAUACGCAAAUACAUUGUAAACCAAGUUUAUAUUUAUGUCUUUAACCUUUCUUGAGACAGAAGUUGUUUAGGGAUCUUUUCAGUUUUCCUAAACAUUAAACCAACUAUUUAGCCAUAG